AUGCUCACAGCUUCACAAGAUAUCGACAAUUUUAUUGAACGUCAACGAUCUCAACUAAACAAACCACCAACUCGACCAUCCAUUAAUCGACAACCUCCACCUCCACCUCAAUCAUCAAUUCCACCUAAUAAUGUACAAGAUCGACUCGAUUUUAAAGUUGCUCGAAUUCUCGAUGAAUCACCACCUCGUAUGCAAUCUCAACAACCUUAUUAUCCUCCUCCUCCUCCUCCACCACCACCACAACCAUCAUUUUCUCAUAAUUCAAUUCCUGAACAACAAGAACAUUUCUAUUCUCAACAACGUCGUCUAUCUGAUGGUAAUAAUGAUGCUAAUCCAGUAACUUUUUUUAAUAAAUUUGGGACAUAUGAUGAUAAACGUUCUCAAUUAAAAGAUGAUUUAAAACGUGAAUAUAAUGAAUAUUUACAAUCAAAAAACACUAUACCAAAAAGUAAAUCAACAUCACAAUUAACUUCAACAAAUAAACGUGUACAAUUUCAACAGCAACAACAACAACAACAACAACAAAAUGGUAAAGUUAUUGCACCAUGGGAAAAAAAUGAUAAUAAAACAGUAAAAAAUAAUCAAAUAAUGAAUGAUAUACCAUUAACAUUAAAUGAUAAUAUAAUAAAUCGUUCACGACCACCACAAAUAUCACGUAAUUAUGAUGAACAAUAUGUUCGAGAUCGUGAAGAUUAUAUAUCAGAAUUACAUUCACAAGUUCGAGAAUUAGAAUUAAGAAAAAAACAACUUGAAAUCGAAAGUAGUAGAUUAUCAGCUGGUGCUACAUCAAAUAUAACUCGUGCACAUUACAAUGAAGACUUAAAUGCAUUAAAUUCUUUACUUGCAGAACGUUUAGAUCAACGUAAUGCUGUUGAUCUUGAACUUGCUCAUAUACUUAAUCGUCCCCCAAUUUCUACUAGUCCAACACGAAUUAAUCCAAAUAAUAGACCAAAUAUAAAUAUGUCAAAUGAACAAUAUUCACAACAAAUAUCAUCACAAAAAUAUCAACAAAACAAUGGACGUCAUAUACAAUCAUAUCGUAAUGAAAAUCGUACAAAUUCAAAUGAAAAUGGUUUUCAAAUUGGUCAUGAAAUUGAUAAAGAAUCUGAACAAGCAACAAAAAAACGUUAUCAACAAGAACUUCAAGCACAAAUGCGUGAAACACAAAUGCGUAAGGCACAAGAAAAACAAGCUAAAGAUGAAUAUGAUCGAAAAUUAGAAGAAGAUAUUCAACGUUAUAAUUAUUUUGGUCGUAGUGGUGGUGGUGCACCAAUGCGUGAUAAAGAUGGAAAUGUUGUUGCUAAUCUAGCUGAUGUUAGAAAUCCACCACCACCAUCAUCCUAUCAACAACACCAACAACAACAACAACAACAACAGCAGUAUUUACCACCUGAUAAUAAAGUUUAUUCAUUAGGUGAUGGAAUGAGUUCAAUGGGAAAUGCACCAUUUUAUAUUGGAGAACAACAACAACAACAACAAUAUUCAGCAGAUUCGAAUCGUCCUGGUUCACCAAAUCAUACACGUGGUGCAGUUAGUAAUGGAAUAUUUGGUGCAGCUAAAACUGAUGCACAACUCUUACGAGAAGAAAAAUAUAAACAAGAAUUAAAAAGACAAAUUGAAGAAAAACGUCAACGAGAAGCUGAUGAAAUAGCUAAACGUCGAGCUGAAGAAGAACGUGAACUUGCUAAACAUUUAGAAUGGCAACAACAAAUGGACAAACAAACGGCUGACGACGCAUUAAGAAAACAAGAAAAAGAAGAACAAGAACGUCUACAUCAACAACAAUUACAAGAAGAACUUGAACGACAAAAAAAACAAGAUGAAAUUAUUAUGAAACGAAAACCAAAACGACAAGAAAAACCAAUAACACCAAAAAGAGAUGAAAUUCAUGAUGAUGAUAAUAAUAAUGAUAAUAUUCAUGCUAAUGGACGAAAUAAUUAUAAUGAUCAACAAUCAGAACCUAUCUAUCGAAGUUCAUCACCUCCAAUACCAACAUUAAAGAAUAAAGAUAAAAAACAAAAAUCAACUAUAAAAAAUGUACGACGUCAACAAUCAUAUGAUGAUGGUGUUCAACAACAAUCACCACCACCAUUAACACCUUUAAAUAACAAUGAUGAAUUUCUUCAACAACAACCUAUCGAUGAUACUGAUGAUCAAAGUAGACAAACAUAUCGAAAACCACCAACACCUCGACAACCAGAUGUGUCAUUAGCACGUAAAAAACCAUCACAAACUUAUCGUCCACGACCACGUGCAAAUUCAAAUUCUGGUAUGCCAAUGCGUACAAAUUCGACAACAUCUCUUCGAUCGGAUGGUUCCGAUUCUGAAGUUCUUAAUCGUCUUGAACAUUUAAAACGACAAUUAAAAGAUAAAGAAGCACGUCUACAAGAACAUGUUAAUGAUCAUCAAGCUGAAUUAAAUUCAACAUCUAAUAGAGAUGAAUAUCCAAAAACAACUUAUCAACCACCAAUGCAACGUAAACCAAGUCCACAAUUUUUAUUUAAUGCAGCACGUGUUCAUCAUCGUGAUUCACCAACAACAAAUGAUCGAAUGCGUCGUAUGAUACAAACAGAUGAUGAUAUAGAAUUUAAACCAAGUUAUUUUCGUGAUGAUGCGAUUUUAAUGGGUGGUAGUAAUGAAAAUCUUCGAAAAAAUGAUAAUGAUUAUUAUUCAGCAUCAAAACGUAUUGAUUCAGCUAAUCAAAUAUUUGCUACAAAUAUUGAAAAAGAAGCUAAUCGAAGACGAUAUGGUCAUGAUUCACCAGGUUUUUAUGAUCGAGAUGAUCCAACAACAAUAGCAAACUAUGAAUUAAAUAGAAUUGCUGAACAGAAUGAAGCACGAUUAAAAAAAUUACGUGAUCUUGAAAAUGAUGAUGUAUCUUUAUUAGAUAGUAAUGAAGUACUUGAACGUUUUCAACAAAGACAACGUAUGCAACGUGGUAGUCAAACGACUUUACAAGAUGAUGCUUGGCUCAAAUAA